AAAACUGUCUGCGUCUGUAUCUGAAAACUUUCACGUUAUAGGAAAACGGUCUAAUAUCUCUUUUCACAGCUUGCGUUUUCGCUAUUAUUCCAAACUUGCGAUUUAGAAGCGAUGCGGUGUAGGAUUUCCGACUAGAGAUUGGAAUAGCGUGUAGCGUGGUGUACUCUGGAUCAAAGAGGUCAAGGUGCUCUGAUUUGCAGCGACUUUAAGUACAUAACGAAAAUGGUUCCUUCUCGGUUAUUUUCAGUGCUUGCAGUUUGUUUAAUAUCUCUGUUGGAAACGUACUCAGUAACGGCCAUAGACUGCUACGAGUGUAACAUAUUCCGUAAUGAGGUCGGCGUGCCGUGCCCCGAGAACGGUAACUCUACCAAUACCAUCAAUAUAAACGACACCACCAUAGCCACUGGAUGUAAACUGUGCGGAAAGGUGCUUACACAGAUAACGGUGGAUUACAAUAGAGGAAGAAAGGAAGUAGUUGCCAGUCGAAUGUGCGUAAAGGACGAUCGGGACUGGAAGAGAAAUAAAAUUGAAAUGGGUUGUGAAGUAACGGACACGUCGGGUACUGGGACCAGUGAAAUAUGCCACUGUGACACAGAUCUAUGUAACCCAGCAGGUGCCCUCACCUCAGCCGUAUGGUUACUAGUCGGCACGAUUACAUCUGCUAUAGCUAUGCCUUACAUGAGAUAGGCACUUUAUAAGCGGGUUUAGAUAUAGAGACAGUAGGUUUAAAAAAUUAGGAGGGGGGAGUUGUCUGUUUAAUUAGGUCAUUGGAGGGACAUUUAGAUAAAAAAGGAUGGCUGUGGACAAAGAAAUUGACCUCUUUCCACGUAGCUUAAUGCCUACACACACACACACACACACACACACACACACUAAUAAUAAUAAAUAAAAACGGGUUGGGCGACUACGUCGCAUCCGUGGUUUGCCUCCAAGUGUAUUCAUUGUCAUGUGGACAUCGUCAUAAAAUUCUCAUAAUUGAACAAGACUAGCUUUAUUUAGAAGUAUAAUUAGCAAGCCAUCCCUUGUCUGUGGUAAAAAUGACUUGGAAGUGUGUAUCCUAGAAUACUGCUGCAAAAUCAAAGAUGCCUGCCUUAAAAGAUGUCACAAUGUGCUGAUCUUAUAUGAAAUAUGCAAAACUUUGAUGUAUUUCUCUGUUAAAACCAUAAAUAUGUAGCUAACGUGCCAGUGACAAUCCAUUGCGAUAGAGACGCUAGAAUGUGUCAGCGGUGUGAUAGGGUGUUUUACCAGUGCUUCAGUUAUUCAAUGCGACUUACUAAUAAAAAGCAAAAUUUGACUUUAAAGCCUAAUUGCUUUUUAAAGUGAAAUUAGACACUCUUUGUCAAAUUCGGUGUCUUUUACGUGAAAAAAGUUUGCAUAUUACUGAGAACGGUCGUUACAAUGUACUGUUACGUGUCAUUUUUUUUUGUUUGUUUUUGAAUAAACACCCAUUGAGUGA